AAUUAAUCGAUAAGAUAUUUGAUGAAAUUAAAUGACACAAUCUCAAUCAAAUACGUAUUAUUUCAUAUGGACAAAUUCAUUAUUAUUUAAUAGAGAUAUUACCUGAAAUAGGACUAAAAAGGUUUGAAAAUUCCAAAAUAUGACUGUCAUGUUUUUAUUCCCAAAAUAGGACUAAUUACUGUCAUGUUUUGGCAGUCCCAGACUUCAAACAUGGCAGUAUUUUCCAAACAUGACAGUAAUUACUCCUAUUUUGGGAAUAAAAAACAUCACAGUCCUAUUUUGGAAUUUUCAAACUGUUUUAGUCCUAUUUCGAGAACUUUCCCUUUUAGAAAGGUAGAGAGUUGUCACCUAAUUAUAUUCCAAAUUUCUCUUUGGCUCUCAACCACUAUAGUCAACUCAAACUCUGUUUCGCUCCCAAGUCUCUUCUGACGUUAACAUUCAUGCAAGCACGCUCAGUCGCUCAGCUCCCAUAUAUAUUCCGAUCCCCUUCUUCUAUCUAGCCCGCCGGCCGGCCGCAUUCCGGCAGACAGUCAAAGAACAUCAGUCAUAACGGCAUAUUACAUGAAUAUAAAAACCACGUAAGCAAAUCGAUCUUCUUCUAACAAAUAUGGCUUCUAUGCACUUGUACUACUCUCUCAUCUUUCAUUUGGCUCUAAUCUCCCCACCGGUAAUAGGAGGAGCUCUAGAAGCUCCUCCACCUCCGCCGGAACUGGUGUUCAACUCUCUCGCGGCACUCAUUAUACUCUCCUUCAUCGGUUUGGUUAUAAUCAUUUGCUUCAUCAUCGCCAUCUACGCUCGGUGCUGCACCACCGAGCGCAGCAUGGGUCUCGACCUCACUGAAGGCGACUCUCGGAGGCGGCAUAGACGCCUCCGCCGGUCUACGGCCUACGGGCUUGACCCGCAUUUCAUCGACACCUUCCCGAUGUUCCUUUACUCCGACGUCAAGGGACUCAAGGUCGGCGGGAAGGCGACGCAGCUGGAAUGCGUGGUGUGCUUGAACGAGUUCGAGGACGACGACUCGCUCCGCCUACUCCCCACAUGCUCUCACGUGUUCCACCCGGUUUGCAUCGACGCGUGGCUUGCGUCACACGUCACGUGCCCCGUUUGCCGCACGAAUCUCCUUCCGACGGGCCAGGGGAAGAGGAGGAUCACUUUACUGAGUCAUAACCCGGCCAUUGACUCGCCCGUCUAUGAGCAAGUUCAUUACUCCGGCAAUGGGGAGAUAAACGGUGCCUUGCCCGCCCCAACGGGGAGGUCAACGCCGAAACGGCAUCGGAUUAUAACCGGGAGAUUCUCUCGGUCUCACACAACCGGUCAUCACUGUGACUCGCUGCUUCGACCCGGAGAAAAUGUUGACCGGUUCACGUUGAGAAUACCGGACGAGUUAAGAAACCGGUUGGUCAACGCCGGCCUGAGAAGAAAUCGGAGUUAUGCGGAGUUACCGGCUGGCGAAAGAAGUUGGAGGAAGGGGUAUAGAAGUAACAGCAGUGGGGUUGGUUUGGGAAGAUCCAUCAAUGGAAAGUUGGGGUACACGCCGCUGUCGUCAAAGGAUGAGCGUGGCGGCAGAGGGGAGGAAUUGACGGCGGUUCCGGUGAGUUUGAUUAGGACCGUCAAGGCACCUCUUGAUCGUUUCAUUAGUGGGGCGGAAAACGAUAGUGUUGAGGAACAAUCUCUCAAUAAACUUUUGCCCUCAUGAAAACUUUAUUGCAAUAAUUUUGUAUAUUUGUAGUCUUGUAGAUGGGGUGUUAUUAAAUAGGGAAAGUUCUCGAAAUAGGACUAAAACAGUUUGAAAAUUCCAAAAUAGGACUGUGAUGUUUUUUAUUCCCAAAAUAGGAGUAAUUACUGUCAUGUUUGGAAAAUACUGCCAUGUUUGAAGUCUGGGACUGCCAAAACAUGACAGUAAUUAGUCCUAUUUUGGAAGGUAGAGAGUUGUCACCUAAUUAUAUUCCAAAUUUCUUUGCUCACUCCCUUUCUUUAUUCGUUGUGCUUUAAUUUGAUUGGAGACAUGGGUACUGUACCUAGCAUUCAUUUGAUUGGACCACAUCACUUUAUCAGUUUUAAUUUAGCUUUAAAUAAUUCAACUGCUGCCUUUUCAUUGGUCCAUGUGGACAAAUGUAUAGUACCUUAUGGGUACCAUAGAAACUACCAUAUAAUUAAGGUAGAUUCUAUGCUACCCAUAAUGUAUCAUACCUUUGUCCACAUGGUCCAAUGAGAAUGUUGCAGUUGAAUUAUUUAAAUUUAAAUUAAAAACGAUAUCAUGAUGUGGACCAAUCAAUUGAAUGGUAGGUAUGGUACCCCAUUUAUUAAAUGAGUACCGGAGUUGUCGCCAUUAAUUAAUCAAUCACAUAAUUACUUACCUGUAGUCUUGUUUAGAUUAAAAGCCUAAGUUGACUCGAUGAGGAAAUAAUGAGCUAAUCUGAAACAUACUACCUACGUUCUCUUUUAAUUGC